CGUAAAAAAUAGAAACUUCCAAGAUGGCCGAGUCCGUGGACUCCAUGCAUUUCGCUGCGAACAGCAAAACAAAUUCUCCAAAGCCCCUGCUGGCAAAACGACCGCCCGAGAGCCGUCCGCAGUCUUCCAGCGACAUUUUCCCUCCCACCCCGAAGAAGGUCCGAGUGGAGGAGAAGGGUCUGAAGCACAGGAAACUGAACGGAGAGGUGUGCGCAGGGGAAAAACACAACGGGAAGCAGAGUUGUGGAAGCCCAGCGAAAUGGAGUUUCGGCCCGGCCAAGGCGAGCCACUCCACCGCCUCCGCGAUGCCAACCACCCCUGUUCGGAAAAUCUUCAAAAUCAGCAACUUCCUUGCGUCGCCCCCCAAAGUAAAAAAGGCGAAGGAGAAGCGACACAAGGAGAAGGAGAGAAGCAGCGAAGCCCCGCGGAGCUCCGCCGCCGCCGUGGAGAGAGUGAGCCCCGCUAGCUGCCAUACAAAGACGGAGAACGGCGACGUGAAAACGCUGCAGAGAGAUCACGAUGUGAAGGAAAAAGACAGACAGAAGAAGAAGGAAAAGAAUAAAGAGUGGAAAAAACACAAACUACCACCUGCACAUGACAUAGUAAGGGAGAAUGGAGAAGCCAUGACCCACCAGAAAGAGUCUAAAGAGAUCCUCAGUGUUGGGUCCGAGGAAGAGCUGCUGCUGAAGAAACUCAAGAAGAAGAAGAAAAAGAAGCACAAAGAAAGCGAGUGGGUGAAGGAGAGACGCAGCCGGCCCAAAAUGUACCACCGAUCCUGCCAGACUGUGUGCACGGGGAUGCCCCUGGGUCUGCCGGAGUUUCUCGGACAGAUCAACGGAGACAGCAGCAGCAGUGGCGGUCUAAUCCACAGCACUACAUCACCACACUUCCAGGAUCCUGUUUCUGCUGUCACCAUCCCAUCCAUGGUCAGGGAUAGGUUCAGCUACAGCUGCACCUCGUCAGCAAGCCUCCCCGGGCUCGAGUUCAGCCGUCUGAUCCACAUCGAGCAGCAGGCCAAUGGAGGCGCCUCUGUGGUGCACGCCUACACCGAGGAGCUCUCCUGUCUGUCUCCAGCAGAGAUGGAACGCUUCGCAGAAGAGUUUGUGAGCCUGUCAUUCAGUGAGGAUGGGGCCCAAGCUGCACGCUUUGUGAUGGGAAUCAUCCACGGAGCGGCUUCUUACCUCCCAGACUUCCUGGACUACUUCUCCUUCAAGUUCCCCAACGCAACAGUGAAGAUGGAAGUGCUCGGGAAGAAGGACAUAGAGACGACAACCAUGGCCAAUUUUCACUCUCAGGUGAAGAGGACUUACUCCCGGGGAACAUACCGUGCCGGCGCCAUGCGGCAGGUCAGUCUGGUGGGAGCCGUGGAUGAAGAGGUCGGAAAUUACUUCCCAGAGUUCCUCAGCAUGCUUGAGGAAUCUCCUUUCCUCAUGCGAACUCUGCCGUGGGGAACCUUCUCCAGCCUGCGGCUUCAGAGCCCGACAGAGAGCGACGACGGCCCCAUCAUGUGGGUCCGACCCGGAGAACAGAUGAUCCCGAUGGCAGACAUGCCCAAAUCCCCCUUCAAAAGGAAAAGGUCCACCAACGAGAUAAAGAACCUGCAGUAUCUGCCCAGAACCAGCGAGCCCAGAGAGCUGCUGUUCGAGGACAGAACGAGAGCUCACGCUGAUCACAUCGGCCAGGGCUUCGAGCGGCAAACCACAGCUGCUGUGGGGGUGCUGAAGGCUGUCCGCUGUGGAGAAGACAGCGACACUCCUUCCCGUAUCACCAAGGACGUUGUGUGUUUCCACGCUGGAGACUUUCCAGAUGUGGUGAUGAGGCUGCAGCUGGACCUCCAUGAGCCCCCGCUGUCUCAGUGUGUCCAGUGGAUUGACGAUGCGAAGCUGAACCAGCUGAGGAGGGAGGGAAUCCGAUACGCUCGCAUCCAGCUGUACCACGAUGACAUCUACUUCAUCCCGAGAGGAGUCGUCCACCAGUUCAAGACUGUCUCCGCCGUCUGUAGCCUGGCCUGGCAUAUCCGACUGAAACAGUACCACCAGCAGGAGGAGAAAAAGGAGGAGGAGAGAGAGGAUCUGGACGAGGGGGAGACAUGUUCCUUCAGCGAAGCACUGAACAGAAUCAAACAGGAGGAAGAUGUGGAGGAAGAGGGAAACAAGUGUGACUUUGCUGUGCAGACGGUGACAAAGAUGGAAGAAGAGGACAUGGAGGGACAACAGGAGCCAACGUCGCACACACUGACGCAUAAUUUCAAGGAAGAAGAGCAAGAUGAACUAGACGAAAGAAAGGAGCUGGUGGGAACACAGUCACCGACUUCAGUUCAGAAUGAGAGCGAAGAGGCUGUUUUUAGUCCCACAGCAAUAGAAAUUAAAGCCGAAGUUAUACAUGAGGAAAGAAAGCGUGGUUCAGAGACACAUCAAAGACUGGAUGGUCAAGAGGAAGCUGGACAGGAUGCUACUUCCCUAAAAUUCUUACAGCAGAUUAGGAAGGACAGCGAUGUGGAGGAAGAGCAGCAUCAAAAGAAAGAUCAGACAGACAAGACUAAAGACGACACCACAAGUAUUUGCAACACACCGCAAAUUAAAAAGGAAAAGGAUAAAGGUAAACGAGAGAGAGAUGAAAGGGAGAGGACUAAAGAAAAGAAGGAGAAGGACAGGGAGAAAAAAGACAGAGGAAAGGAAAGAGAGAAGGUUAAGACUGAAGGGGGAAGAGAGGGGGGGCCCCUGAUGCUGCCGCAGAUAAAGAAAAAGGAGGAGGAGGAAUGGAUAAAAGAUGGAAGUAAAAGCUCACAGAAUGCCCUGUCGGCUCAGAGAGACGAGAAGUGGGCCAAGGAGUGUGACUCGAAAACACAAGCCCACCUCAAGAGAGAGAAGGAGCACGAUAAGGACAGGGGAACGUCUCAGUACCGGCCUGACAGAGACGAGGCGCGAGACUCCUGCUCACAUAAACCUAAGUCCACUCAUGGGAAGAAGGAGAAGAGCAGCCACAAGGAGGGCAAGGACAUGGGAGUGUCAAACACACCGGGGAAACUGGGGAGGGAGGAGGGAAAGACACACAAACACACAAACCAGCAGGGGAAGAAAGAAGGCAAGAAGGAGAAAGACGGCGGCAAGGAGGAGAUCAGGAAGAAGCCUGAACAGAAACCAGCACGGACACUCUUCACCUUUGAUCUCUUUAAACCCAUGGAGGCUCACCAAACGCUGGCUCUUUCUUUAUCGGACAGUAGACCCAAACCUCAACACCACACUGACCCUCGAGGUUCUUCAUCCAAGUCUGGCUCAGACUCUCGGACUGUUGUUUCAACUAAAGGACCAAAAGUAAAGGAUUCAUUGCAGGGAAAACCUUCGAUGGCGUCAACGCUGCAGGACUCCAUAAAACAGCCUCUGAGGACACAAACGCCGCAAACACAAAAAGACUUCUUGAUAUGAAUGUCUCCAUGUCUUCUGACUGUACUACUUAUGCCAAGGCUUUGUUAAAAUAUUUAAAAGUUCAUCCUUCCUUUAGAUCAAUUAGACCCGGCCACACACUACUACUGUGACGCAGUGAGACAAGGAUGCAGCCUGCCUGUAUUUUAACAAUGCCGAAGAAUGUAAGCUAAGUUGCUCACUUUGUUUGUCAGCAGAUGUACGAAGGCUUUAACACGAACUGUUAUGGUGAACCGCGUGUCGUUGCCUGUGCACUACUUUGGUUCACGCUAAAAAGCGCCUACACUGCUCAAAGAAAUUAAAGGAACACUUAAACCUGUAUGCAAUCCGUCAGGCAAACAGACAGGUUGUUUAUCGGUGUCAGAUCAAUUGAAGUUAAUGGGGCAGCAAUGAGAGGACCUCUUUUUUUUUUACUUUUUAGUAGUUUUACCAUUGAACAGGGUCCGCGUCACGACUUGUACUAUGAGGUGAUAGGAGCAGAGGUCACCUGUCAUGGUCAGGAGAUCAGCUGUGUCCUGCUACACUGUCUCUGGAGAUUACAGCAGACAGGCAGUGGCUCUAGCAGGGCUAUCAGGAAUCCACUCUUUCUGGCAUGGAGGAACAGAAGGGGUACUGGCAGAAUAAAGCGCCCUCCUGCAUGAUGCUGGUGUGAAUGUUUCAGCCAAAUGAGGGCGGCCUCAACCUUUCGAUGGUGGUGGGUCUGUUGUUCCUCUUUGUGCAUGAUUACGUCCGACCUGCAGCAGCCUGUAGGAUCAAGCAGUUGAAUCCAUCGACGGGCCUCCAUGCUCCUAGAGGAUCUCAAAGAAAUCAUGUUUAGGUUCAUCUAACGCCACCAGGUAGUGGGGUGAUGCUGGUCAGGAUCUUGCAGGAGACAUCUCAGUACCCUAUCUAUAAAGAAACAUGGCUCUAUUCCCAGACCAUACAAGCCAAGAGUCAUCUUGACUCACUGCAAUAACAUUUCACCAGAUGAGACUGUCCCGACACUCCCUUUCUUUAUUCAGAUUAUUUUUUUAUUUUCAUUAAAUCAUGCGACACCUUUUCGUUCCUGACAUAUUUACCCGUUCCAUAUCAGUAUGGAUAUCCCUCAUGGUUGCUUUCUCUUUACUUGAGGUUAAAUGUUAAUUUUCAGUGUCCCUUCAAUGAUUUUGAGCAGUGCAUUCUAGGUACUCAAGCCAAUCUGAAAACGAUCAUUUUGACAGUGCCUUGCAAAAGUAUUGAUACCCCUGCAACUUUAUCAUGUUUGAUCGUGUUACAAUAACAGACUGCAUAGUGCUUUAUUGGAAUUUUAUAUGCAAGACAAACACAAAGUAGUUGGGAUUUGGGAAGUGGUCAGAAAACAUUACAUGGAUUAACAUUUUUUUAAGAAACAUCAAAGUGUGGCAUCUGUAUUCCACUUGGUCUGAUACCGUGAGUAAAAUUGCAAUAAACUGCCUUUAGAAGUCAUCUUCUGUAAACAUUAAGUCAAGUUAAUCUAUACUGUAUUUUUAAAACUACAAGAUCAGUCAUAUUUCCUGGAGCGCUUUGGUGCACAUCAGUGUUGGUGGCUCGCCUUUGAUCAGAUUUAGGUCCAUACGAUGUUUGAACCACUGUAGGACUUGAAAAGGCUUUGACCUAUUUCACUACUUAACUCUGACCAGUUGCCAAGUCUCUUCUUGGGAAAAGCAGCCUUCCCACAACAUGAUGCAGCCACCACUGUGUUACAUUAGAGGAGCUGUGUUUCUCUGGAGCUCCUUAACCACCUAAACUGACAAUAUGCUUUAUAACCGAACCAAAUUGCUGUGUACAGUGGUAUUUAUCAUGAAGCUGUAUUUAUACUGGGAUUAUUUACUUUCCAAGUCAGUUUUGUCCUUUGUGUCUGUCAAUCAGCUAUCAUCCCAAUAAAAUAGCCUGAAACGAGUGGCUGCAGCACGGCACAUGUGGAAAAGUUACGUGAAUACUUUUGCUAGGCGCUGUACAACAUUCAGGACAUGGCAGCAAGUCCUCUGCUGAUGGGAAAUCAUUUUACUGUUGCUUUGCUCAGCGGGCUUUAUCGUUUAUAACACUCCAAAAUCAGAUUCUAGCAGUUGUUUUCAGACUGUACUGUUUGACACACACAGGGCUGUAAAUUAUUCUGUAAGUACCAAAACUGUACAGUCUAGAUGUUAUUAGCAACAGUGUGAGAAAAUGUAUACAGAAAUUGCAUAUAUUUUUUGUAAGACAGGUUUUAUUUUCCAUAGAACUUAUUUAUAUCAUUUACUGUCUGUUUUUAUUUGAAACCAAUGUAUGUGAAAAUUUUAUUGUAAAUACAUUUUAUUUCCUAAGAUAAUACUUGGUAGUGUGAUUUAUACUCUGAUCAGAACCUCUCAAUAAAUGGUUCUAAAUGUUGACUAAGUUACUCAUUGUCCUGGUUUUUGUUAGGAUUUUAAUUAAUAUGUGAUGGUUUAAAAUGGUUUACAGAAGGCAUGGCAGGUUUAUUUGUAUAGCACAAUUCAAAGUGCUUUACAUGAAUUAAAAGAUCAAAUAGAAGAAACAAAAUGUCACAAGUAGUAGGAUGACUGUUCUAGAUAGGCAAUGCUAUAUUGGUUGAGACAGGUGAAAUCCUUCAAAACAUUUGCUUCAGAAAAAA